GCGAAGUAGAUUCUCGCGGAUGUCUCCGUCAUCGUUACAGCAGUCGCUUCGAAAGACACACACACACACACACACAUAUUUUUAUACAUUUAUACGUUUGACCAAUGGAACACGCACUGCUCAGUGUGGUGCACCUAGAGCCCCGCAAGGUGCUGCUGCAGUACGACGCCAAAGCCCACCAAGAAAAGCUGAAGCACCAACCGCAGCUCUACGCCGCCAGUUCUGCGGAGGAUCGCGAGACGGUUUCUGAUGACAACCGAGUAGCCGCGUACACGAACUUGUUAGACUUCAUCACCGGCGCGCAGCAGGAGUGUUACACGCUGUUUGGCGAUGACGAGGGUCGCUGGUCCGUCGACGAUGGUGCGGCGGAGGAGCCGGUCAGCACCACCCGCGACAGCAGUCUUCGUGUGAACUCCAGCGAGUGGAGUGAGGAGGACAGCGCAGCGGAUGGCGUCGCAGGACGCAAGCGCAGGCGUCACAAUGCGUGA